AUGGAGCGUGAUUAUAGGUCCCAUACCGAGUGAAUCAAGUGCAUACAACCACUGUUCCCUGAAGGAGAAGAACAAGGUACAACAGUAGUUUGCCCCACACAGCAGCUAAUGCUCGGUGAAGAGCGCUGGGUUGAACUGAGGGGAUGCUGGUGAACUGGCUUAUGUAGGCAGCCGUGGCCUCCCUACAUCACUACGCGCCAUCUGCCAUUUAUCUUUAAAGGUGUCUUCAGCCAGAGACAGGUGUGAUAUCCCAUACUAUCUGUGUUGUGCCUUGUUCCUCUCCUUCAGGGAACAGUGGUUAUAUGCAUAACCUAACACUUUGUGAAUUGAUAUGCUGUAUUUCCUCACAGAUUUCUUCUAUGGAUAUAUUUCUUAUUGGAGCCAUUGCCAAGGCAAUUGCAACAACGGCUACCUAUCCACUUCAGACUGUCCAGGCCAUCCUAAGGUUUGGCCAGUACAAAGCAGAAGGCAAAGGAGGCUUGCUUGGAAGUCUUCAAAAUGUGGUGCAUCUGCUGAUGGACAGAAUCAAGAGGCAUGGAGUCUGGGGUCUCUACAAAGGCCUGGAGGCUAAGCUGCUUCAGACGGUGCUAACUGCUGCCCUCAUGUUUGUGGUGUACGAGAAGAUCAUGACUGCCACCUUCAAGGUCAUGGGCCUUAACCAGAAACUGAAGCACUAAGGUUCUCUCACCCAUGCGCUCUCUGAAAACUAACCACAGGCAGGCUCUUUUCUCUCCACUACCUCUUUCUUUCUGUAAGCUCUCAAUCCACCUCGGGAAUAGUCUUUGCUUCAUCUUCACUGGUGACUCUAGUCACGCUGUCUACUGUUGACCUGGGUGAGUGAGAUGUAUGCUUCAGUGUUAGUUCCCAAAGGGCAGAACAUUGUUAACACCUUUCAUAAUUGAUUUUUGCCUUUUAAAAGAUUGCUGUAUUUGAUGAAUGUGUGCCAGUGAGUCUUCAGUAAUGUGUGCCUCUUAGGAAAUAAUCCUAAUGUGAAGACUGUGACCGCAUGGUUCAGUAGGGGGCAAAUUAUUGUGUGUGGGGCAUCAUUUGAAUUAGGUCAGCAUGGAUCUAAGCAGAGUAGAUGGGGGUGUUUGUUGUAUGUUUGGCACAGGGCUUAAACAAAGAAUAAGGAGUUUACAAGAAGUGUGUCAGAGGUCAGGGGACUAAUUUGGCCAUAACAUUGCUUUGUGUUUCUCGUAAACUAGAAAUUAUACAGAUUUUGACAUCCAUAAAACCACAGUAACCAUUUCCUCAUUGAAAAAAAGAAUGUAUGUUCUAAUAUAAUAAUGAACCAAUAGUUAACCAGUGAUUUAUACAGGGCUUCGUGUUUCUUGUCUAAAGCAAAUCAAUAAUUUGUUGUGAUGCCAAUAAACAGAAAGGGGUCAAGAGUUAACGCAAAAUAAUGUUGCAUCACAAUAAGCACUGCCUUAAUCAAGUUCUUCUCACAGUUGUUAUGAUGACUGCAGCUGUACUAAGUCAAAUCUGAAUGACAAUAUUUGAAUUAGGAAGUUUACAUUAUAAUAUAGAGGUGCAGAUCCGCUGAACUCAUCCACCCCAGGAUCAUACCAACUAGUACUGGGUUUCAGUGUCUACUGCUAUGAUUGCCAACACCUUGAACUUCACACAAUUCUUGAAAACAGGUAUUGUUGUGUGUUCUCGUGCAAAAAGCAGAAAGGAGCUUUUUAGAUGUGAAACACGUCAUGGACCUCACUUGCCAGUCAUUUAGCUCACGUGUGUGUAGAUUGUAGGUGGGUGAAAGGCUGCUGUCCUCCCAUUGAAAUUUUAACUGGUUAAUACAGUCCCACUUUAACAUGCUUUUUUCGCUCCAUGUUUUAGCAAUAACAAGAAAUGUUUUGUAUAAAUAUGUUAAGAAUCAGUUAAAGACAAGCAGUUAAAUGUGAGAAAUAGUCCACUUGUACAAAAGCCUAUAGAACUCUGAUUUGAAGGAAAUGCAUUAAAUUGCUGUGAAGUUCUUACAUAUUAUUAGAAUGCCCUCUGUCUAAACUGAUUGUAGUAGUCAUUCACUAGUUUGGCUGGUGGAGAUUAAAUAAGACAUCAAUUUAAGCAGUUGAUUUCAACACAUUCAUUACAAUGUUAAAAUGAGCUAACAUUUUGAUUCAAGGCUGACAUAAGAUUUAACAUAUUUGCUUAAAACCAAUAUGUCUGUUAAUGUUCUCUUCUGUACUGACAAAGCAAGAAAGGAAUACGCAGGGUCUGCAAUAGUAGGCCAAGAGAUAUUCAUGAGCUCUGAAUAGGAUGUUUGGGAUUUUACAUCAGGAGUUCUACUCUAUGCAGCAUGUUGAUGUUCCAUCAAUUUUAAAGACACAAUAACAAAGAUAUAGUACUAACUGUAAUUAUGAUGGGUGACAUGAGAAACCAUAUCACACUCUUGAAAACCCACUAAAUGUAUGCUUCUUUUAAAUGCAAGUGCCUCCAUACCAGCUGAUGGCUAGGGAAGAGCACUGUGUUUGCACUGGGGUGGUCCCAUGUACCCAAAUUAAUGUUUGUUUUUAGUGUGACUAAAUCACUGGAGUUGUUGGUCUUUUUUAUCCUGUUAGUCUUAUUCUCUGUGUAAGUGUGAAUGUAUUAUGGGAAGUGUUCAGCCAGUGUCAGUGUGUAUACAGGAUAGAGGGGUAUUUAUUACAAGAAGAUGAGUGAUUGUAAAAGAAAUGCGUCUGUCUUGUUACUGUAGAGGAAUGACCAAAGGUAGACUCAGGGUGUCAUCGUUACACAUAUACAGCCACAUCUGAACUGUAACAUAUGCAUUUAGUCAUUCUUCUCAACUUGAAGGCCCCUAUGUGUUAGCGUGUUGUACUUUUUGCCAAUGAAAAUAACUUAAACAACAAAGCCUAGCAUCUGCUAAUUUGAGUGAUUAUUCCAUCUGUCUUUUGGCCUUAUGUUGUAAUUUCUAACAUUUUUAUAAUUUGAUUGUUUACAGUACUGUUUACAUACAUCCUCUUGGAUCAAUUCUAAUGCAGUUCUGUUUACGGCCCAUGCUUUAAUUAUCUUCAUUGUUAGACACUUUUGUCUUCUAUUUGUAAGCAUUUCCUCAAUGAAAUGCUUUUGGGCAGUCUUGCAUAUAGACCUUCCUGACAAGGGCAAUAAAUAAUAGUUAAAGAUA